GAGUCCAUCAGUAAAGAGGCGCUUUCCGCAUGAUGUGGAGGUGUUGUCAAAGCAUCCCAUCAUCACGCUACUGCCAAGUUCUAGCCUCGAGCACCUCCUCGGACAAAAGGUACCAUUUCAACGUCUCUAUCCAAUCACAGAUUUACAUGCUCGCAACACAUGGGUAAACGAGCCUGUGUGUGUGGUCUUCGCUUCUGCGACGUGCAUAUGUGUUGAUGUGCACUAGUGGCGCAUGAACCAUGACGGACAUGUAAAUGUGGAAAACUUUCCCAACCGUUCUGCCGUCGUACGUUGUCAUUCCAUCUUGUAUCUUUGCUGAUUUCAUAUCAUGGCAUCUGCCCAAGUCGACGAGAAGCGCGUCUUGCCACAGCAUGGCCGCCGUGAUCCUGAGUCGGGCGCGAGUUCACUGUCACUGGACAAGGAUGUAGCGAUUGCUCUUGUUGGGGAACAUGCGAGAGACAUCGAUCCAGAGAUGGAGGUUAGAGUGCUGAGGAAGAUAGACAUGUUUCUCAUUCCGGCCAUGGUUGUGGGUGCGUAUUGUCCUUGCUGUCAAGUUGUAGUUAGUGCUGAGGUGAACAGGAUAUGGAUUGGUGUACUAUGACAAGGCGAUCCUGGGUUCCGCAGCUCUGUUCGGCAUGACGAAAGAUUUGCAACUGAGUGUUGUUAAUACGUCAACCACGCCGCCUACGACGAAUACACA